GUCUUGACUGUUGAGUGGCGUGCAUGCCAGGUUCUCUAAUCUCUGCCUCAUUCUCAUUUUUUUUCCUUUCUGCUUGACUGACUUUCACAAUUCUAUAAGUCUCACAGCAUGUCCACGCUUAUCAGAAAAAUCAGCAGAGAAUAGCUUUGCAUACGUUUCAUCAUCUUUUGCUCUCACCAAGGCUUUGCUUCUGAGCUGAGAAAUAACAACUAAAGUUGAAGGGGAUGAUGAUGAUGAACAACCUUCCUUCAUCACGAUCCGAAAAGGGCCUUUCCAUUCAAACAUGUUUUCCAGAAAUCAAAUCCGUUGUAAAUUCUGCCAGUUCUCUGGGGGACUAUAAAACAAGCGUGGCUACAUGUUCUGAUAUUGGUAUAACCAUGAAGUGUGGUUUUGGCCAAAUCGCUUCCAAUGCUGUCGCUCAGAUAAAUUCAGAAGCCAUAGAUUACGAUGUAAGUUUUCAACAAGGAGCAAUGUCUCAGUCAUGUGCAGCUUCUGGAGAGGUAGAAAGGAAUCAUUUUACUGCUUAUGUCUCGUUGCAUCUCGCGGCACUCAAGGGUGACUGGGAAUAUGCAAAAUCAUUUUUGAUGUUGAAUCCACGAGCAGUGUCUGCCAGUAUAACUAGGAAUCAGGAAACUGCUCUUCACAUUGCUGCCGGAGCUAGACAUACUGUAUUUGUUCAGGAACUUGUGAAUAUUAUGACACCUGAUAACUUGGAAUUGCAGAAUAAGGUUGGGAACACAGCUCUGUGUUUUGCUGCUGCAUCUGGAAUAAAAAAGAUUGCAGAGGUGAUGGUUAAUAAGAACCAAAAUUUGCCGUCAAUCCGAGGUAGUGAGGGAGCAACACCAUUGUGUAUGGCUGCUCUAUUAGGCCAUAGAGAUAUGGUCUGGUAUCUUUAUUCUGUUACCAAGGACACUGAUCUAAAAGAAGAAGAUCGAAUCGAACUUCUCAUUGCUGUCAUCAACACUGGCCUUUUUGAUGUGGCGUUGGACUUAAUUCGGCAUCAUCCUGAACUAGCUAUAGCUCGGGAUGGAAACGGAGAGACAGCUCUUCAUGUAUUGGCAAGAAAACCUUUGGCAUUUGUAAGUGGAAGUCAGCUUGGGAUACGGCAGAGGUGCAUUUACUCAUUGCCAGGUAUAAGGGCAGUCCUUAACACAAAGCAAACACAACUCCAAGCUCUUAAAUUGGUGAAACGACUUUGGAAACGGGUGUUGAUGCUGGAUGACUCAAAAAUUGGAGAACUACUGAGGAAGCCGUCUCGAUUGUUGUUUACUGCUGCGAAGUUGGGGAACGUCGAGUUCAUUACAGUGCUGAUUAGAAUGUGUCCUGACCUCAUUUGGAAGGUUGAUGAUCACAGCCAAAGCAUAUUUCAUAUUGCAGUCUUGCAUCGACAAGAAAGUAUUUUUAAUCUCAUACAUGCAAUUGGUGCUCAUAAAGACCUGAUAGCAGCUUAUAAAGAUGAAAACAAUAAUAAUAUGUUACAUCUUACUGGAAAGCUGGCGCCUCCUGACCGUCUUAAAAUUGAUUCUGGUGCAGCUCUGCAACUUCGACGCGAGUUGCACUGGUUCAAGGAAGUUGAAAAGGUUGUCCAACCAUCUUAUAGAGAGUCCGAAAAUUCGGAGGGGAAAACACCUCAUAUUUUGUUUUCCGAGGAGCAUGAGAAACUUUUACGAGAGGGCGAAAAGUGGAUGAAAGACACUGCAUCUUCAUGCAUGCUUGUGGCAACGCUUAUUGCCACUGUGAUGUUUGCAGCAGCCUUUACCAUGCCUGGUGGCAAUGACAAUCACACAGGCAGGCCAAUUUGUCUACGCAAAGUAUCGUUUCUGGUUUUUGUAGUGUCAAAUGCUUUGGCGCUAUUCAGCUCUACCACUGCAAUAUUAAUGUUCCUUUCCAUUCUUACCUCGCGCUAUGCAGAAGAAGAUUUCCUGCAUUCCUUACCAAACAAAUUGAUAAUAGGCCUUGCAGCCCUCUUCAUCUCAAUAGCCACCAUGAUGGUAGCAUUUGGAACCACUCUUUUCCUUGUUCUUGGCAAAGAAUUCUCAUCCAUUGCCAUUCCAAUUGCUUCAGUGGCUUUUGUUCCUGUCACUUUGUUUGCCAUGCUUCAGUUCCCUCUUUUUUCUGAUACGAUCAACCAUUUAUAUGGGUUCAGUAUUUUCUCAGGUCCCAACCAUCAUCUCUUUUAUUAGCUUAAUCCUGAUAAUCUUCUGUGAACAAUACAGUGGAUUCCAUGUUAUAACCAGUCAUGUCCAAUCACAUGAUGAAACAUUAGUAAUACUAUGUGUUUGUAUUCCAUUUAUUAGUAGUUGUGGCAUUACUCAAUUGUAACUAGUUUUAUCAGAAUAUAUAAUAUAGAUUUGCAUGCUUUGUAUUUCGAAAUUGGAUUGCCUUCCUUUAUAUGCUGUCAAAGGCAAUUGGAAUCUCGAUUGGAUUACCUUUCUUUCUCUUUCCACGCUCGAAGGAAUAAUUUAGUCGAAAUUCACAGAUGAAGUACCAUUUUCUUU